AUAGCGCGGCUGUGGGCGGGGGAGGCAGCCCUGCCGCGGCUGCAGACCGAGCCGAAGGUGGCGGCUGCACAGUAGACGCCCCCUCACGGCUUUCCCCACACGCUCCCGCCCCUUUUCUCGCCGGUCACGCCUCCCUCACCGGCGCUGCAGUCGUCCUCCACAGACGCUUUCCCCCCAGACUCUUAUUCCCUUUUUCUCUAAGCUCCGCGCCCUCGGGAUCCCCCUCGAAGAACUUGGUCUCCGCAUCGAGUUCCCACCUCCUGCCUCAAAGGCCAUCCGAGUCCCUCGCACCCCGCCCCUCAGCCCCCCGGUCUCCCCCGUGUGUUGCUUGGCUCCCUCCCGACCCCCAUCACCCCUUCCCUCGCAGUUCCCCUGUCCUGAGGGGCUCCGCGGCACGGGCGGCGCUGCGGCGGCAGGAGGGAGAAAGUGAAGUGGCCGCUCGCGCACACUCGCGCGCUCACUCCCGGCUCAGCGGCACCCACCACCGGGAGGAGUAGGAGAAGGAGCCGAGUGGAGCUGAGCGAGAGCGGAAGUAGCUGCUGCUGGUGGUGACAAUGUCAAAUAACGGCCUAGACAUUCAAGACAAACCCCCAGCCCCUCCGAUGAGAAAUACCAGCACCAUGAUUGGAGCCGGCAGCAAAGAUGCUGGAACCCUAAACCAUGGUUCUAAACCUCUGCCUCCAAACCCAGAAGAGAAGAAAAAGAAGGACCGAUUUUACAGAUCCAUCUUACCUGGAGAUAAAACAAAUAAAAAGAAAGAGAAAGAGCGGCCAGAGAUUUCUCUUCCUUCAGAUUUUGAACACACAAUUCAUGUCGGUUUUGAUGCUGUCACAGGGGAGUUUACGGGAAUGCCAGAGCAGUGGGCCCGCUUGCUUCAGACAUCAAAUAUCACUAAGUCGGAGCAGAAGAAAAACCCACAGGCUGUUCUGGAUGUGUUGGAGUUUUAUAACUCAAAGAAGACAUCCAACAGCCAGAAAUACAUGAGCUUUACAGAUAAGUCAGCUGAGGAUUAUAAUUCUUCUAAUGCUUUGAAUGUGAAGGCUGUGUCUGAGACUCCCGCAGUGCCACCAGUUUCAGAAGAUGAGGAUGAUGAUGAUGAUGAUGAUGCUACCCCACCACCAGUGAUUGCUCCACGCCCAGAACACACAAAAUCUGUAUACACACGGUCUGUGAUUGAACCACUUCCUGUCACUCCAACUCGGGACGUGGCUACAUCUCCCAUUUCACCUACUGAAAAUAACAUCACUCCACCAGAUGCUUUGACCCGGAAUACUGAGAAGCAGAAGAAGAAGCCUAAAAUGUCUGAUGAGGAGAUCUUGGAGAAAUUACGAAGCAUAGUGAGUGUCGGCGAUCCUAAGAAGAAAUAUACACGGUUUGAGAAGAUUGGACAAGGUGCUUCAGGCACCGUGUACACUGCAAUGGAUGUGGCCACAGGACAGGAGGUGGCCAUUAAGCAGAUGAAUCUUCAGCAGCAGCCCAAGAAAGAGCUGAUAAUUAAUGAGAUCCUGGUCAUGAGGGAAAACAAGAACCCAAACAUCGUGAAUUACUUGGACAGUUACCUUGUGGGAGAUGAGCUGUGGGUUGUUAUGGAAUACUUGGCUGGAGGUUCCUUGACAGACGUGGUUACAGAAACCUGCAUGGAUGAAGGCCAGAUUGCAGCUGUGUGCCGUGAGUGUCUGCAGGCUCUGGAGUUUUUGCAUUCAAACCAGGUCAUUCACAGAGACAUCAAGAGCGACAAUAUUCUGUUGGGAAUGGAUGGCUCUGUCAAGCUAACUGAUUUUGGAUUCUGUGCACAGAUAACCCCAGAGCAGAGCAAACGGAGCACCAUGGUAGGAACCCCAUACUGGAUGGCACCAGAGGUUGUGACACGAAAGGCCUAUGGGCCCAAGGUUGACAUCUGGUCCCUGGGCAUCAUGGCCAUUGAAAUGAUUGAAGGGGAGCCUCCAUACCUCAAUGAAAACCCCCUGAGAGCCUUGUACCUCAUUGCCACCAAUGGGACCCCAGAACUUCAGAAUCCAGAGAAGCUGUCAGCUAUCUUCCGGGACUUUCUGAACCGCUGUCUUGAGAUGGAUGUGGAGAAGAGAGGUUCAGCUAAAGAGCUGCUGCAGCAUCAAUUCCUGAAGAUUGCCAAGCCCCUCUCCAGCCUCACUCCACUGAUAGCUGCAGCAAAGGAGGCAACAAAGAACAAUCACUAAAACCACAUUCACCCCAGCCUCAUUGUGCCAAGCCUCCUGUGAAAUAAAUGCUCAUUUCAGAAAUUCCAACUCCUGAUGCCCUCUUCUCCUUGCCUUGCUUCUCCUAUUUCAUGAUCUAGCGCUCUGAAGACUUUGAUCCUUGGAAACCAUGUGUCCAGCAUUGAAGAAAACUGCAACUGAAUGACUAAUCAGAUGAUGGCCAUUUCUAAAUAAGGAAUUUCCUCCCAAUUCAUGGAUAUGAGGAUGGUUUAUGAUCAAGGGUUUAUAUGAAUAAAUGUUUCUAGUCUUACUUCCAUAUGGCAAAAUCCUCACCUCCUUCAUAACCACCCCCACAAUUAGUUCUUGACUAUAUAAAUUUAUGGUUUGAUAAUAUUAUCAAUUUGUAAUCAGUUGAGAUUUCUUUAUUGCUUGUUUUUCUGUGACUGAACUGCCCAAACACUUCAUUGUACUUGAAAACUGGAACAGCUUGGGAAUGCCAUGGGGUUUGAUAAUCUGCCAGGGACAUGAAGAGGCUCAGCUUCCUGGACCAUGACUUUGGCGCAGCUGAUCCUGACAUGGGAGAAUAACCACAUUUUUCUUUGUAUGUGCUUCUAGCAGCUGUUUGGGAGGACCUUGACCCAAUAGUGUUCUCAUGCUGUUUCUUGUGAAAUGCUCUUGGCUAUGUAGCACCUUUUGAUUCCCUCCAUACCCUAGGCUGCUGCCCCCAUCCUGUCCCUUGUUUAUAACAUUGAGAGGUUUCCUAGGGCACAUAUUGAGUGAGCAGUGUGAGAAGUCAGGGGGAAAACAGUAACUACUUUUAGAGCAAGGCUGGGCAUUAGCACCUGUCCAGCUCUACUUGUGUGAUGUUUCAGAAACUCAGAAUUUUUUCUAUCUGGGAUAAGGAGCAGAAAGAUUAACUUGGAUCUUCUAAUGGUCCAAAUCUUUUGGUCACAGGAGAGAAUCUCCAAAUUAGAGACUACAUGUUAGUUCUGGAUGGAUUUGGUGGACUGACAUGAUACCCUGCCAGCUGUGAGGGGACCCUGUUUUUAAGAUGCAUGGCCAACCUCUCUGCAAAUGGAAAUGCUUACACUGGGUGUUGGGGAUGUUUGCUACCUCCUGCUAUCUUUGUGGUUUUGGUUCUCCCACUGUGGUAGGACCCCCGGCCAGCAUUGUGGCUUGUCAUGUCAGCCCCAUUGACUACCUUGUCAUGCUCUGAGGUACUACUGCCUCUGCAGCACAAAUUUCUAUUUCCUUCAAUAAAAGGAGAUGAAAAUA